UAAAUAAUCUAAAAAUAAAAAUUAGUCAAACCAAUGUUUAGUAUUUGGACUAGGCCGACAUUACUGUCUCUAAAUUCAACUAACCUGUAGUCUAAUCCAAAUCUAGAUCUAGAUUAGAUCGAGAUCUGCUUACCUGUGUGUGUUGUUGUUGUAGUGUACCCCUCCUCAAGGCUCACCGGCUCAGCCAAAAGUAAGAUUAAGUGUGAUAGAAAGCGUUUAGCCAAAAUGGAUGUUCAACUAGUUUCAGCUGCCAACAACAAAUUUGCUUUGGACCUCUUCAAGAUUCUCUACGACGGAAACCAGAACCAAAACACGUUUGUUUCACCUUUUAGCAUUUCUGUUGCUCUGGCCAUGACCCAUUUAGGAGCUCGCGAGGAAACAGCUCAAGGAAUGGCUAAAGCCUUGCGCUGGGAGACAGAUGACGAGGCUAAACUCCAUGAGCAGUUUCAGGCUUACGUCACACAGCUACAGACACCAAACGAUCAAUACCAGCUGUCAACUGCCAAUAGAAUCUACAUAGAAAAAAGCUAUGCAGUUUUAGACGAGUUCAAAAACAAAACAAAGAAGUGUUACCUCGCAGAGGCAGUGAGUUCAAAUUUUGUGAGUGAUGCUGACAAUGAAAGACUUCAGAUCAACAGCUGGGUCUCAGAACAAACAAAAAAUAAAAUCAAUGACUUGCUGGCCCCUGGUGUUCUUGAUGCACUCACUCGCAUGGUGCUUGUUAAUGCUAUUUACUUUAAAGGCAACUGGGACAAGCAGUUUGAAGUAGAGAACACCAAACCCAAGCCAUUUAAAGUAGCCCCAGGACAGACCAAAGAUGUGCCCAUGAUGACAAUGACUCAUAACUUCCCCUACAUUGUAGAUGAGGAACUUAAGUGCACUGCUCUUGAGAUUCCAUACAAAGGGAGAGAACUAGGAAUGGUUAUUAUUCUUCCUGAUGAAGAUUUUGGCCUUCAGACACUAGUGAAUAGUUUGACAUCUGAGAAACUGGACGACCUUCUUAGCCAAGUCAGAGGACCAAGAGGGAAAGUCAAUUUCUCAUUCCCUAAAUUUGAGGUGACCAGCAGCUUCCAGCUAAAAGAUCCCUUGUCUAAACUUGGCAUGGCUCAUGCUUUUGAUGCUUCAAAAGCCAAUUUCAGUGGCAUAUCAGGGGUGAACAACCUGGCCGUAUCUGCCGUUGUUCACAAGGCCUUUGUUAAGGUCAACGAGGAAGGGACAGAGGCGGCUGCUGCUACUGCAGUUACCGUGAUGCUGUGUUCGAGUAGCAUAUCCAUGAAACUUCCUGUGGUCACUGUUGACCACCCAUUUUUAUUUGUUAUUCGAGAUCAUCGGGCCAAUGGAAAUAUUUUAUUUUUGGGCCAAGUUUCUGAUCCUGAUCUCAAGCAAUAAGUUAAAUCUUAACUUCAUUGCAACUUUUUAAAUUUAUCUCUUGAAAUUGUUUUAUUGUGUUCAGUCUUUAUGUUUGUCACAGUUUUCUCAUAAAAAAGUUUCUCACAUAGAUUAGAACCCAUGUUUUCUUAGUAAUAACAAUUUCACAGUUGUAACACUUUGAGCAGAAAAAUGGUCACUUUUUUCGCUAGUCUUUCAAACAUGAUAUUAUACUUUUGGCUUUAAUUUUUAAUACUCCGUUCUUUCCUUUUUUUUUUUUUUAAGAAAUGGAAUAUAAGUGUACCUAUUUGCAAUUAUAAUCUUUACAUUAUGCAGCGUACUUUAAAAAUUGCAAUUUUGUUAUUUUGUCUUUUUUAAAUGUUUUGCAUUGUACGCCAGGGUUGUUCAGGGUAAUUUUAACUUUACAUCAAUGUAAAAAAAAAAAUAACAUCCAUUCUUAAUAAAUGAAUUUUUUAAAUAUAAUUAAGACAAUUGGUACUGAUACCAAAAUAAUAAAUUUAAUAAAUUAACUGAACCAGUUCUGUUUAUGGAACAUAAAAUGGUCAAAUUUUAGCUUUCUCACAGUUCUUUUAAUGGACAGAAUUUAUUAGGUCUGUUAAGUGUAGACUUAGAACAUGUGGAGUCAUAUGCUUAAGCCAUUCCUAAUUUUUAGAAUUGUAUUAGUAGUCUAGAAAAUUACAAUUUAUUUUAAGGUCACUUUAUUUGUUUCUGUUUAGAUAUAUAAUAAGACACCCCUGCCAAUCUCUGGGAUUUCUUGCUGGUUGUAGAAACAAAUGCAUCCACUUUGUGUAGUUCUCAUAUCGUUGCAACACCUAUGUACAAAGUUAAAAAUAAAUUUUACUUUAUAAAAUUUCAUUCCCACUUUU